CCCUCACUCCAGCACAGUAGAUGGCGCUAAUGCCUUUUUAAAAAAACAAUUAGACGCCACGAAACAGAAGAAGAGGUCUGAACUGUGAAUUCGACCGCGAACGACUGAUUGAUUGAAUUCGCCUCGACAAAAUAGUGAGGUAUUCAUCACUUAACCGGUAGGAGACAGCAAUGCACUGAAGGUGUCCAGUCUGCCGGAAAUCCAAGAAGAGGAAGAAGUUAAAACGGUCAGUUUGGCAGACAAAAAUGGAGGAAAUCUUCAGGAAAGUUGUCCAAGUCAACAUAAGAUGUCGAGACUGCGACGAAAGAAAAGCACACAUCUGCGUCACCAUUGAGCUUGUGUCGAGAAAAAGCGCCGUUCACAAACGAGAUCUCCAGGUGAGAUUAACGGAUGACACCGAUCCAUUCUUUCUCUACAACCUCAUACUUUCCGAGGAGGACUUCCAAAGUUUCAAAAUCCAGCAAGGGCUAGUCUUUGAAUUCAUCUCAUUCCCCAAGAAACUGAUUGAUCUUCUUCAUCAGUGUCAGUCCGAAGAGAAUUCCAGCCAUCCCAGUUUCAAGUUGCUUCUGUCAUGUGACUCGGCCUCGCUGGACGGCCCCGCCCACUUGAGCGUGGUGCAGAGCAACUCGUUCAAGGAAAUUAACUUUCUUUCUCUGAGGCUCACUAAGAGCUCGGACAAGAACGUCAAGGUCUACCUGGCAGCCUGUCUUUCCUCUCUCAAGGACGAGAAAGAAACCCUCGAGGUGAAACUGCAAAAGACUGAAGAUGAUCUUAGCAGUCAGCUCAACAACGCUCAACAGAUGCUGUCUGAGAAGAGCAAAGAGUUGGACCGUCUGCGUUCGGAAUGGGCCCACGAGUUACAGUCCGAGCGGGAGAAGGCGACCGAGUUGCAGGAGCGCCUGCAGCAGCACAUGCAGCAACGUUGCCAGGAUCUGGAGAGCGAGCACAAGCGCACCAGCCAGCAGACGCAGAGCCGCCUGACAGAGCUGGAGACCUCCUGCAGGGAGCUGACCGACAUGAAGUACAAGAACAAGGCCACCAUCAUGGACCUCAAGUCCAAGCUGGCAUGUGUGGAAGAGGAGUGCCAGAGCGCCAAGCAGCUGUUGGCGUCACAGAGGCGCGAGAACGACUCUCUGGAUGCGACGCUACAAGGCAAAGAGCGCCUGACCAUGCAGCUGCAGAGGCGCUUGGACGUCCUGGAGCAGGAAGUCAAGGACAAGAAGCAGCUGUUGAGUCAAACCAAGGAGAAACUGAAGGAAACGCAGCAGCAGAAGCAAUCCAUCCAGGAGGACACUAAGGUCAAAGAAAAUCAGAUACAAAAACUUGAAGCUGCGCGGAUGAUUUUGUCUGAAGAUGUGAAGAAGGGCAACGAGAUCAUCAGGAAGUUUCAGUGGGACCUGGAAAACCAGAUGGGCAAGCUCCAGUUGAGGGACAAAGCGCUGGAAAAUCAGGAGAAGGUUCUGCAGGACACCUCGGCCAAACUGAAGAUGGCGCAGAAUGAAGCGCGACACGCUCGUCAGGAGCUCAGCGCCAAGGAUGAGCGGGUGAAGAUACAACACGAAGCUGUUUGUGUGUGUGUCUGCGUGUUUGUGUACAUGAGUGUGUAUGUGUGUGUUUUUCUGUGUGUCUGUCUAUUUGUGUGUUGGCGCGUGUGUGUUUGCCAGAUUUUGAAUCUGGAGGAGCAGCUGGAGUCCAGUGUGCAGAAGCUAGCUGAGUCCAAGGAAGCGUUACAGAACAAGGAGAACGUGGUCAGCGUUCUGAACAGACAGCUGACCAAGGAGUGGCUGUCCAAAAUGGAACCGAAGCUUUCGGAGAACACGUCGGCGGCGCUGACGUCAGCAGGACUUCGAGUAAACCAGGCACACUUUUAUCCUCACGCGUUAAAAGCUGCCGUGACGCCUGACGCCAUUCACAAUUAUGUAACGAGUGAGUGUGCCGGUGGUCUGGAUACCAAAUACUUUGAGAGGAGUGACGACAGCAUCCCCGUUUACGGUUUUCCAUCCCCGGUCAUUCCUAGAGGUGACAUCACAUCUCACAAGUUCCCACCGCCACCCAGCAAAGCUCCUGUGGCUUCAGCGUACUUCCCCUGUUAAUUCUUCUCAUGAACAUGAUUCCGCCAAGAUGGUGCUUCUGAGUUGGCAGCCUGUGUGAUGAGAGCUCUGCUCUCUUUUCUCUAGGUCUGUGCUUUUGCAUCUUUUCUGUUGUUUUGUGCUCAUUGUGCGUCAUGUGGACCCAUUGUUGACUGUUUUCGGUGUUUUGGGCCCGGGUACUCGCUGGAAGGGAGUGUCGGCGCUUGGGGGUUGCUGCGAAUGAGAGCGGAGAAUGUUGGCGCUUUUGUGACAGUCACUGCUCAACAGCGAUGGUACGACGGUGGGCUGCUAUUUGUUUUGUGCCUCAACCUGGCAGCUUUUUUGCAAGCAGCUCCAUUUUUUGUGAAAAUGGCGCUGGAGUGUCUGUGGUAUGGAUGUGAGGAGCAGGACCAUGAGGAAGCCCCCCCCCCCGUUGUGGAGCCAACUACGUCCUUUGGAGAGGAAUGAGAGUCGGUGUUAAAAAGAACAGCGAAGCGAGAGACAUGACUAAAUGGCACAAGAAAAUUUAAACCAAUCUUUCUGUAGGUGCGUUGCUGGCCAACAGAUGAACUAUCUGGUGCUGGAGGACUGCAGUUGAUUGUUUUACUUUCAAAUUCUGCUUCUAGUGAGUGACAUCAUGCAUAAUUUAGGAUCCUGGCGCCCUCGAUACUGGUCAAAGGACGCUCAUCUCUCUCAUCUACUUGAUAUGAUGUAUGGUGUAUUUUGAUUGGAGAACAGGAUUUUUUUUCUGGUUAUUUAUUAUUUAGUGUUUUGUGUAUAUAUUUUAUGUUUUGGUUUGGGUAUGUCACAUUGUACAAUUUGUUUUCUAAGUCUAUUUUGCCUUGUUUUACUCUGCUUUCUGCAGCCAUGUAAGCAUUGCAAAACAGAAACUGUUCUCAAUGGCUUUACUGGGAUAAAUCAAGGUAUAAAAAAGUAAAACAUUUUAUAAAAAAAAUCAUUAACUCUGUGACGGGACCCAAUUAUUAUUAUUUUCCUGGAUGCGUCCCUGGUGAAUUGUUCCAGGCAGGUCCCACCUGGAUGAGGACCUGGGGACGACCCAGGACACGCUGGAGAGAAUAUGUCUCCCAGGCCAGGAAACCCCUCAGGAUCUCCCCGGAAGAGUUGGACGAAGUGGCUGGGGAGAGAGAAGUCUGGGCUUCCAUGCUUAAGGUGCAGCCCCCGCGACCCGAUCCUGGAAAAGCGGAAGAUGGACUGAUGUAUAAAUUUUGAUCGAACGUAUAUUUCGCCAUUUGGCUGCAUUUUGCAGCAUUAUAACUAAAAAAAUAAAUACAUCUAAUGUACUGUACUAUGUUUAAAUGUGUUGUUUUAAAAGUGUAUUUAAUAAAAACCGUAAAUAUUA